GCCGGCCCCGAAGCAUGCGUGGCACGACCGUCUUCACCGCGCUCUUAGAAAAGACGACGGACUUCGACAAGGAUGAGCGCUACAUGGCGACCUCGGACCUCUGCAACGAGCUCCAGAACGACGUCGAGCUUGGCCCGGACCUCGAGCGCAAGAUUUGCGCUGCGGUGCUCAAGCAACUCGAUGACAAGUCGAACGACGUGCAGUCGAUCGCUGUGAAAUGCUUGGGUAUCCUCGUGACGAAGGUCCAGGAGAAGCAAGUCGGUGACAUCUGCGAGAAGCUUUGCGACUUGAUCUUCACGGGCAAGCCCGAGCUCCGUGACAUCUACUCGAUCGGCCUCAAGACUAUCUUGACGGACGUCUCGCAGAAGACCGGCGCAUCGAUCUCGACAGCGCUCUGCGGUCGCCUCCUUAACGGUAUCUCGCACUACGCAGACCAGGCAAUCAAGUCGGAGACGCUGGACAUCUUGACGGAACUCUUGAAGCGCUUCGGCGCCGACUUCCAGUCCGAGCAUGUGGCCAUCAUGGACCUUCUUCUCAAGGAGCUCAGCGACGAGCGUGCCUUUGUGCGCAAGCGCGUGACGUCGUGCCUCGGUGCGCUCGGUGUUGUCGCGGCCGACGCACUUCUGCACCGUUUGGUCGAGCACUUGCUCCAAAGCGUCGAAAACAACCACGAAGCGGACAAGCGCACGCUCAUCCAGACGAUCGGUACGCUCUCGCGCUCGGUGGGACAUCGUCUUGGCCGUCAUCUCCCCGUGAUUGUCCCGCUCUUCUUGACCUUUUGCGGCUCCCCGGACGACGAGUCGAUGCAAAACGACGUCUCGAACGAGCUUCGCGAGAACUGCUUCCAGGGCCUCGAGUCGUUCUUGCUGCGCUGCCACGCCGAGAUCACGGCGCACGUCAAGAACAUCAUUGCCACGGCUAUGAAGUUCACGAAGUACGACCCGAACUACAUGUACGACUCGGAGAACGAAGACAUGGACGAGGACAUGGACGAUGAGGAGCAGUACAGUGAACCCGAAGACAACGAUUACAGCGACGAUGACGAUGCGAGCUGGAAGGUGCGCCGUGCUGCGCUUCGCGUCAUGUCGGCUGUCAUCACGACGCGCCCGGAGCUCCUCGACGACAUCUACGCUGAGUGCAGCGAGCCACUUAUCUCGCGUUUCAAGGAGCGUGAAGAAAGCGUCCGCAUCGACGUCUUCUCGGUCUUCUCGGACCUCCUGCGCGUCACGCUUGUGCAUUUGGCGCCCGUGAGCUCGGGCAACCCCGAAGCCGGUGGCCACCCUGCGCUUGUCCGCCAGCGUUCGUGCGGUGGCCAGCUCCACACGCGCGUUGGUACGAUCUUGAGCGCCGCGAACAAGCAACUGGGCCCCAAAAUUUCGGUCGCCACGCGAUGCGCCGUCUUCGGUAUGCUGCGCGAGCUCGCCCAGGUCGAGGAAGGCCAGCUGGGCCCCUUCAUGGACUCGUUGAUGCCGAACAUUUUGAAGGCCCUCGAGGACCGCAACUCGAGCCUCAAGCUCGACGCACUCCUCUUCUUGCGCCAGCUUAUGGCCACCCACGAACCGUCGCUCUUCACCAAGCACAUGAAGGCGAUUGUUCAUUUGGCCGUUGUCAACGCUAGUGACGAGUGGUAUAAGAUUGUUGCCAAGUCGCUCUCCCUCAUUGGCACGAUCGUACACGUCAUUCGUCCGUCGACGGAUGCGGUGUUGGUCCAAGACAUGGCGGUCUUUGUGCAGCCGCUCUUCAACGCGGUGCUUCCGCGCCUCAAGGCGUACGACAUCGACCAAGAGAUCAAGGAUGGUGCUAUCGCAAGCAUGGGCCUCAUCAUCUCUACGAUCGGUGAUCAUCUGAGCCGUGACGAUCUCAACGCGGUGCUGCCAAUGAUCCUCGAGCGCAUGCAAAACGAAAUCACACGCAUUGCUGCCAUGAAGUCGCUGUCGACGAUCGCCCGCUCGCCGCUGCCGCUCGACCUCUCGAUCAUUUUGACGGAUGCCAUUGUUUGCCUCUCGCAGCUUUUGCGUCAGCAGUCGCGCACGCUCAAGCAGACGGCGUUGGAUACGCUCAUCGCCUUGGUUCAAAGCAAGGGUGCGUCUGUGGCUGCUGCGAGCCUCAGCGACACGAUUCAAGAAGCAUCGGCCUUGAUCUCGGACUCGGACUUGCAACUCAGCCAGCUCUCGUUGACGCUUGUCUCGGCCAUUCUUACGACGUCGCCGUCGGCCGCCUCGGACGCGGUGGUCGUGACCAAGGCGUUGCCCAACGCGCUGCUCUUGUCGGCGAGCGCCUUGCUUCAGGGUCCCGCCUUGGAAGCUCUCUUUGUGCUCUUGCGUCAGCUCGUCGCUGCCGAAAGCCAUGGGUUUGAGGCGCUUUUCCACGCGCUCUACACGGUGGAUCGUCCGGAUGCGUCCAAGCAUGCGCUGCACAACGUUGCCCGCUGCAUUGCGGCGAUCAGUCUCCAGACGUCGCCCGAUCUCCAGAAGAAGGCGUACGACACGUGGGUGCAGGGUAUCGCGACGCCCGGCGCCAGCAAGCACUUGGCUCUUUUCUGCGUCGGCGAGUUUGGUCGCAAAACCAACAUUCAGCCGUUUGGCGACGCGCGCGAGAUUAUUUUGGCCAACUUUGCCAGCCAAAGCGAGGAAGUCAAGCACGCUGCGGCCUUUGCGCUUGGUAGCAUCUGCGUCGGCAACAUGACAAGCUACCUCCCGACGAUCCUUGAAGAGCUGAAGAAGGGCAAGCACACGUACCUUCUCUUGAGUGCGCUCAAGGAAGUUUUGGGCUGCAAGAGCUCGGACCUCAAGGCGUUUGUCUCGACGGUCGUGCCCGUGCUGCACUCGCACUGCGAAACCGAGGAGGAAGGUGUCCGCAACAUGGUCGCCGAGUGCCUCGGCAAACUUGCGCUCGUGGAGCCGCACACGAUCUUGCCGUCGGUCACGGCCAUGUGCGCACCUUCGGUGCCCGUCAAGACCCGCUGGACUGCGGUCACGUGCUUGCGCUUUUGCAUGGCGUGCGGUCCCAACGGUGCCCCGAUUCGCGAACUUACGGUGAGCCCGUUCGUCGCGGCGCUCAAGGACGAAGACAUGGGCGUGCGUCGCGCGGCACUCAUUACGCUCAACGCUGCGGCUCACCACCAGCCUGCUUUCCUCAAGGACCAUGUGCGCGGCGAGAUCUUGCCCGUGUUGUACGACACGAUGCGCAUCAAGCUCGAGCGUACCGUUGACUUGGGCCCGUUCAAGCACAAGGUUGACGACGGGCUUGUGCUGCGCAAGGGCGCGUACGCGUGCAUUGACACGCUCCUUGACACGUUGCCGCGCGAAGUGGACGCGAUUGCGUUUGUCGAGUACUUGAAGCUCGGCUUGGAAGACCACGACGACGUCCAGAUGCUGAGCCACCAGAUUCUGAUCAAGCUCUGCAACGUGGAGCCCGGUGUCGUCUUGAGCGCGCUUGAUAUGCUUAGCGUGGCCCUCGAUAAGACGACGAACCGCCGUCCGAAGGACACGCAAGUGGGCUCGGAGGUCGACCGUGUGAACGACGUGAUUCGCAGCGCCUUGCGUGCGGUGGACGCCGUGAGCUGCGUCCGCGAAAGCGACUCGAACCCCAAGUGGAAGACGUUGAUGGACAAGAUCAAGAAGACGGACAACCUCUCGACGAUGCUCGAAGGCAUCAAGCUGGAGCGCGGCGCCGACGCCUAAGCUGUUGUCUCUUUGUCCUGCCACCGUUGUUGCAUCGUCAUCAAUACAUGGAUUAUAUGCUA